AUGGGCGCGCUCCGCAAGCAGGGUAAACAGCGGCACGGCCAGACGUGCCCUUCUCCACCUUCGACCUCCCAGCCCCGUGUCCCGGACGCGACAGGAUCUAGCCCGGUGCCACCGCCUCGAACGAAGAGAGUGCAGGUCUCUCGAGCCUGUCAGCGAUGUAGGAAGCUCCAAAAGGCGUGCAGCAACCUGCGGCCAUGUCUGCGAUGCGCUCGGGCCGACCUCGCAGACGAGUGCAGCGGCGUCGCUCCCAGGCCAUCGAAGCAGUCGCAGGUCCGCUCCGCUUCCGGGGCGUCGGGGGCCGACGCGCUCCCUGCCUCUGGACGCACACUCUUGAUCGGUCCCGCCGCGACGCCGGCGUUGGCGAACCCGGCGGGUUUGCCUACAAGCCCGCAGACUUUCGUGAGCUUCCCGAGGGAGUCGUUUGAGAGGAAGGCUGGUCUGCUCCCCCACCAAGUCGUCGACUACUGCUCGAGGCGCUUUUUCGAGGAUCUCGCCCCGACCAUCCCGAUCCUGACGCCCGAGUACGUCGGCAUUCUCAAAACCCGAGCCGCUUCCGAAUCCGGGAGCGAGGCAUACUGCGUUCUGCUGGGCGUGUGCGCAAUGGUGAUAUUGCAGGUCGAGAAGACAGGAGCCCAGUCGUGGGGCCAAUCCAUGGUGGUCGAGGACAAUGCCGCCUACGGUUGGCUCUUGCUCGAGGAGGCUCUGGCCGCGCAUCGUCACCUGACACGUAAAUCGAGUCCGUCGCUCGACUCCGUCCUGCUCGUGUUCUUCAUUUACGCGUGCCAUGCUAUCCUGUUUCACCAUUCCCAGGCCUUCUUCUUCAUUCGCGAGGCCACGACACUCCUUCUCCUAAUCAAGCCCGAGGAUAUGGAUACCCUGUCACAGAUGCUCGCCGAGCGGCUAUUCUGGGUGCUUCUGAUAUCCGAGAGGUCGCACGCCAUCCGUUACCGGCGUCCUAGUACACUCCAAGUCACGUCUCUCAGUCCAUCGCUUCCAUCCUCAGAUAACGAGGCAAACAAUUCGCUCGCCGGGUUUCGGUGUUUGGCGGCCCUGUUUCAGUCUCUAGACACUACCUUCAUAGCUCUGCUCAAUCAAGAAGUCCUUUCUCGCCCCUUACCCGCCGAUGCGCUCGACGGCGUCGAAAUAGCUAUCAACACCGCACUUAACCACUCUAGUCCGGAUAGCCUCCAUCCGACGCAGAAGGCCAACCUCCGCAUAACACAGCUCUGGCUUCGCAUCAUUCUCUGGCAGCUUCGCCUGCGGCUUGGUCACCUCGUAGAUCAGGGACCGCUGCCCAGUCGUACCUAUCGCUAUCCGUUGGAAGUGGCGAAGGAUCUGACGCUUUCGACGCGCGAUCUUCCAGUUGUCAGCGUUCAGGUGCAUGGGGUGGGGAUCACGGAAAAGGUGUUCGACGUAGCUUGCGCCGUCAUCAACGUUCUGGCUGGUGUGCCGGUAGAAAUCACCGAGACGGCGGCCGAGGAAGACCUGAGAUAUAUCAGAAAACUAAUGCAACAAUUGCCUGGCGGUUCUACGGUUUACGAUGCUUUGCUAGCGAAGCAUAUUCAACAGACGCUGCCUGACAUGCUAGCUGCGCUAGAAAUCUGA